AGUUCCCAAUUAGAGGAGGGUCUGCAACAACCUCGAAGCUAGUUCAAACUAGUGGGAGGUUGUCUGCAUUAAAGCAGCUUACAAAAUUAAACCGUUCUCCAUACUCAUAAAUUAGAUCGAAAAGAGUACGUAUUGAGGUCGAGUAUUGAAUUCAACAUGGCUCGUGGAAAGGUUCAGAUGAAGAAGAUAGAGAAUCCGGUGCACAGGCAGGUUACCUUCUGCAAGCGCCGGGCGGGGCUGCUGAAGAAGGCUAAGGAGCUCUCUGUGCUGUGUGAUGCUGAUAUUGGAAUUCUCAUUUUCUCCUCCCAUGGAAAGCUCUUUGAACUCGCCACCAAAGGAAACAUGCAAGGGCUUAUUGAGAGGUACAUGAAGAUGAAGCCACCCCGAGUGUCUCAGGCUGAUCAAGCCAUAGAAACGCAAACUCUGGAUGCAAAAAAAGAGAUUAACCUGCUGAAACAGGAGAUUGAAAUACUGCAAAAAGGUCUCAGGUACAUGUUUGGAGGGGGUGCUGGGACAAUGACCUUGGAUGAACUACAAGUGCUUGAAAAACAUCUUGAAGUAUGGAUUUAUCACGUACGCUCGGCAAAGAUGGACGUUUUGUUCCAAGAGAUCCAACUGUUAAGGAAUUCGGAAGGAAUACUGACAGCUGCAAAUAAGCAUCUACAAGACAAGAUUAUUGAAGAGAACAUCGGAGUUACUAACAUUACACCAAUGGCCUCUGACAAUCCAUAUCCACUAACCAUACCAGAUGAUGACAUAUUUCAAAUUUAAGAAUUUGUAUUAGCAAUGAUGUAGUACUCAUAUUUGCAGGCGUGGUGCAGAUAACAAAAACUUUUAUAAACAAGAUUGUACUGAUUAAUAAUCAUCUAGCUAGCUAGGUUGCUUAUGAUAUCAAAUGUAUGUCAAUAUUGUAGUAUUCUAUACUAUAGUGUUGUUAUUGCAAUAAACUUGUAUUGUAACUUAAAUGAUA